CGACCGGCUAACGGGAACAAGGAAAAAGUUCGCGGAGAAAUUUCUUUGCCAUCUGCGGCACGCAUGCAGCUCGAGACUGGGACAGUGUCGUCAGUAGUAGCCCGUCUCCUGCCGUGUUCGACCAUCGAAUUGUUGAGAACCUGGCGAUGCUGCGUCUUCUUAGAAGUUUAUUACACGGCGCCUCCCGUUGCAAGACCAACAGUUCCGUGUACCGGUUGUCGAGGAUGGGCUGGCGAAUUCGGUUCUUUUGAAGCAGCGGGUCACAGUUUCCGUGUGCCUACGGAGACAGAGAAGGGCUGCUACCUGACAUCGCAGGCACACUGUUACCGUUUCUAUGCCGUUUCGUUAGUGUAGGUCACAGUUUUCUCUGUGACCAUGUAGUGUUUCUGUGCACUCCUCAUCGAUUUGAGAGGCACUUCUCCCGAAAACUGUACAGAAGCUGCUGAGGCCGGCAGUGCCACUCCUCUCUCGAGAAGAUUCAGAGUAGAGCGACCAAGCAUGACACGGCGUUGCGAGUGUUCGCUGUUCUAAGCAACGAACCGAAUCGCUCUCCAUCAGGAAUGCCGAAAUGCACUGGAUCACGGCCAGCAGCUUGUGGGCAGAAGGAUCCAGUGACACCGAAGUCUUGACCGGGUUCCGUGCCCGAAGUUAUCAAUAUGCGGUUCUCAGCCGUCCUCUACAUGCUGUCGACUUGCGCGGUGUGUGGCGCUUCGUUAGGUUUAACGUCUGAUGAGGUGGAUACGGUGGCCAACACCGAUGCUGCCGGUCCCGCGGAGCAGAAUGACCGUUUCCGGAAACUGGGUGAAAAACUCCGUUCGUCUUCCGAUAAAAAUGAAACAGAUCAGGCUACUUCAGAGUCUGAGGACGCCCAUCUGUGGUCAAGUGGAUCCGAAGGAGCGUCUGGAGCUCCUGACGAGCUGACCAGUGUGACUUCUAUGCCGUUCGAGGAAGACAUAGGGUACAGCCAAGCAGAUUUGACGGGGUACUCCGCGUCCACUAGUCAGCAGUCAGAAAGCUGGGCGAAAAGGGCGGUCCGCAAAGGUGCCGCACCUUUCCUCGAAGCUUCUGAGUCAUCCUCCGCGUCACCAGGAGUCCUUGGUCUCGGCUGGUCUUUCGUCCGGAGUGUCUGGGAUGAUCUGAAAGACCUUCAGUCGUCCAACUCAAGCAGAGAUAAACAGAAGGAAGGCGACGAAGCAGUGAACGAGACUGGACAAAACGAGUCUUUCUCCUGGAUGUCGCUCUGGAAAUGGUGGUCUUUCUAUGCGAAUCUGCCGGAAUUGGUUGAGACGGACUACGAAGAAAUGAAGGACGUGGUACGGUCGAUGGAGUCCUCGAAGGAGCCUGUGACGAGGCAGGUGUACAUGGGGAGUGCAAAGCUGGCUGAAGAUCUUCGCGUUCCACAUGCACUGUUGACGGGCGGCUUCACCGUCAAGAUGUGCCCGGGGAGCAGAAGCAAGCCGUGGAAAGCGCUUACAGAGAUUUUUCUCAGGAAGAAACUUCUGCCGCCGAAUUCCCCGUUUUUUGUGCCGCUGGUUGCAACAGCGAAAGGGAAGGAGGCAGCCACGCUUCAGUUUUUUCCUCCGACGCGCGGCAGUCUCCGGGCGAUCGCCACGCAGGCCCCAGAAAAGCUGAAUGUAGUCUUGGUGAUGGCCGAGAUGGUGGCGGCUGUGGAGGCGCUGCACGGCCUCGGAAUCCUCCACGGAGCGCUCUCGCUGGAUGCCUUUUACGUCAGCCGGGAGGGUCAUGUUCAGCUGAGCGACUUCGACAGCGCCAUUGUCGACAACGUCUUCCGGCCGAUCUCGGAGAUGGCCGAACCGGUGCGGGACGGGUAUAGGGCGCUGUCGCGGAAGCUGAACAUUUCUCUCCUCCACACUAAGGCAGCAGACGUCUUCAGUCUAGGGAAGGCAUUUGAGGCUCUCGCGGACCUCACAGAUCUCGAGAACGGGGACCGACUCAUGCUGGAAGUUCUGGUGGAGCGCAUGACCCAAGCGGACUCGGAGAAGAGACCGAGUCUCAACGACAUUGCACGAGACAAAUUUUUCGACCGCGUCGAUUUCGACUCGGUGCGAGCUCGCACAAAUCCAUGUGUCUACUCAUGCCGCUGGCGGCGGGAGAAAAUGUCUGCAAAUGACGCAGCCACUACGGCUUCAGACGCUGACGAAGACAGCGACGACGAUGACCUUCCUUAAAACCUCUAUGGCCCUGCCUGGAGGACGGGUGUCUCGAUGGGAUAUUGUGCAGGCGGCAAGAGAUCCAGGCUCCGCCUCCAGUGGAAAACGUAAACAUCAAGGAACCACUCCGCAGGACGGAGAGGCUCAGACCCCAGUCCAAGUGGAAACACUCGAAACACGCGCUGAGCUCCUGACUCGCGCCGAUCAACCGUCGCAACAAGUUCUGCUGGAAGCAGGAAUGAUAACGCUUGCGUUCCGGAGAAAUGCGAUAGUUGCAAUACGGUGGUGAUAUGGUGGAAAAACCGGGGUAAACUAAAUUGUGAGAUCUAAAAGCGUCAGCAUCCAAGCAGUGAUUCCACGCUGUAGCACUUGCUUUUCUUUCCGCAUAAGCGUGGCGGUGCAUCAACUUUCUGUGGCGCAAUGCCAGACACGGCCUUUAGGUGCGGCUGUUACACUUUGUGGUUCUGAAGGGAGAUUCCUUUGCUGUGUUAUGCGCGGUUUUGUACAGAUACCGUGAGGGACAACCGUGUCACGGUACUCGCGUAUCGCUUCUCCAGAGUGUAGACACGUCUACCACACACUGGUCCCGGCCGACUGAAACAUAGGUCGGAAGCCGGAGCUUUCUGUUUUCCUAAAAAUGACGAUAAGGACCUCUCCAGUUUCUCUGUGGAAACGUUGUCAACGAUCUCCAAACUCGCGGCAACCCUCCGGCA